GAGACAUAGUUUCAAUGUAAAAUUCACCUGGAAUAUAAGGAGGGAUCUUAUUGGGUAACAGGACUGCAACUCUUGGUUGAGAGGUUCUGACUGGCCAAGAACUGAUAGGAAAAAAGAACAGUAUGCCAUCAAUACCCUGCACUGCUUUUUCUCCUGCCUGAUUCCUUAAACCUCUGUUUGUUGCUUUCCUUCCUGCCUGCACAUCAUAAAAAGUUCAAUAUGUCUACAGAUGAUUCAGACUGUACAAAUAAAGUGUGUUUCUACAUUGGAGAAAAUGACAGUGAGGAUGAAGACAAAGAAGAGUCUGAAAAUGACUGCAAAUCACCCUCUCCAUCUUACAUCCAAUUUAUGGCUUACUUUCGGAACAAACUAAGCAGGUGGGAGGAGGGACACGAUCUGCCGCUUGAAGUUGCAGUCCAGAUAUUGAGAAUCCUUAGGGGCCUGGAAUCUUCACAAGACACCAAAGAAAGACUAGUUAAAAACAACACUUUCCUGAAUAAGAGAGCUUCUCAAGUAUCCAAUUCACUUGAAGAAUACAGAGAGAGGUUAUGUACACAGGUAAAUACUAUUUUAGAGCAAACAGAAGAAAUGCAUCUCUCUGAGAUUAGAGAAGAAAUCAGGCAAAUUAAGGAGAAGCUUGCACAUGCCAAAAAACUGGCUUGUCAUAACAGCCAACCUGUAUAAAAUGAUGAACCACGUUAUCUAAAAGUCAGAAAAGAGAAAGGACAUGGUUUCUGUUCAAUGCUUUAAAAAUCUACAAGCUGUGCAGGAAGAAGGAAACAACUUAGAGAUCCUAUCAGACCCGGGUCCAGCAUGACUUAAGUUGUUUAUAAUACAUUCUAUUGCAUGUAACAUUAAACUAUUAAAACAUUUAACAAAUAAAA